AUGUCACCAUUGACCCUCAAAACUCGUUCACCUGGUAUGACCCUGCAUCUUCCGCAUAGCAGCGAGAAGUUCAGCAUUUGGUUCAAUGAUAAUCCAGACACAGACAAGUACGCGAAGUUCGCGACUAUUCGUGGUCCUACCGAGCGCCUGGAAGUUGUUCCGGUGGAAUGGACCCCGAGGUAUCAGCGGUCCUGUCGGUCUACUGCUGAGGAGAAGGUGCUUUAUCCGUUGGACUGGACGGUCAGGAUUGGAGGUGUCGCUGAGUUCGAGAUCACUAGUGUUGCAGAGGACCAGGAGAUUGUGGGAAGUAAUGCAUUAGAGACCGCUUAUGAGGGGUUUGUUACCUUCAAGGGGGGCUUUAAUCACCACGACGUUACUGGGUUUGGGCUGAUGGAGAUUGUGUAUGGCUCGUGGGAUUGGCUCUGA